AUGUCCCACGGCGGACCAGGCUUCCUCUACUGCCGCUACACCUACCGCUGCCCCUGGAAGAGCAAGACCGACAACAUGACCGGGACAGAAGAGGUAUGCCACACAGCCAUAUACACCCCCGUCACGAAACAAAGCGACGAGGGACAAACUGCGUGGUUCAAGAACCGCGCCAUGGAUUCAAUUGAAAAGGAUGUUACCAAAUGCUUAGCCAAUGUGGAUUGUAAUAAGAAUGAAAAGACCUAUGAAAGAUUCAACCGAGUUCAUAUUAAAUAG